AUGAAGUUGACAUCUGCCAUUGUCAUGGCCAUUUUGAUGGCUGUGCUUUACGCUACAUAUGUUACCGCUUCCACAGAUUCAUUCGAUGCAUUGACAGAUGCCAUGGUCGAAGCAAUCUAUGCCAGAAGAUUACCUAGAUCUGGUGGAGGUGCCAGAGGUGGCUCAAGAGGAGGUGCCAGAGGAGGUGCUCGUGGAGGAUCAAGAGGUGCUAGAGGAGGAGCCAGAGGUGGAUCUCGUGGUGGUGCCAGAGGUGGUGCUAGAGGAGGUUCUCGUGGUGCCAGAGGUGGAUCUAGAGGUGGUGCCAGAGGUGGUGCUAGAGGAGGAGCCAGAGGAGGAUCAAGAGGUGGAAAAGCUGGUAAAGCUGGUAAAGGAGGUAGAGGUGGAUCUAGAGGUGGUAAGGCCGGAAAGGGAGGAAAAGCUGGUAAAGGAGGAAAAGGAAAAGCUGGUAAGGGAGGAAAAGCUGGUAAAGGUGGAAAAGGAAAAGGUGGAAAAGCUGGUAAGGGAGGAAAAGGUAAAGGAAAAGGAGGUAAGGGUAAAGGUGGUAAAGGAAAAGGUGGAAAGGGAAAGAAGGAUAAGAAGGGAAAGAAAGACAAGAAGGGAAAGAAGGAUAAGAAAGAUAAGAAGGGAAAGAAGGACAAGAAGGAUAAGAAUCAACAACAACAAGGUGGAGAACAAGGAGGUCAAGAUGGUGGUCAACCAGGAGGUGAACAACCACAACAACCAGAACAAGGAGGUGAACAACCACAACAACCUGAACAACCACAAGAACAACCACCAGUUGAACAACCACAACCUGAACAACCACAACAACCUGAACAAGCUCCAGUUGAACAACCACAACAACCUGAACAACAAGCUCAACCAGAACAAGCUCAACAACCUGAAGUUGCUCAACCACAAGCUCAAGAACAACAACCACAAGCUCCAGUUGAACAAACUCAACAACCAGCUCAACAAGCUCCUGUUGAACAACAACCAAUUGCUCAACAACCAGCUCAAGAACAAGCUCCAGUUGCUGCCCAACCUGUUCAAGAACAACCACAAGUUGCUCAACCUCAAGUUCAACAACCUGAAGUAGCUCAACAAGUUGCUCAAGAAGGUCCACAACCAAUUGCUCAACCUGAUCAACCACAACCAGAUCAACAAGUUGCUCAACAAAACCCAGACUUCCAACGUGCUCCACAAUAUGGUGACAAGCAAAGAAUUGAAUACUUGAGAGGAAUGAUCAAGAAGAAUAUUUCCCCACAAGUUGCUCAACCAGAACAACAAGUUGCUCAACCUGAAGUAGCUCAACAAGAAGUUCCACAACCAAUUGCUCAACCUGAUCAAGUUGCUCAACCAACUGAACAAACUCAACCAGCUAGAAGAACUAGAAAGUACAACAGAGGUGGUAACAGAAGAGGUACCAGAAGAAAUCAAUUCUCUCAAAUUCCUGAAUUUGGUAGAUAUUUCUUGGGUAAUCAAGCUAAGGCUCAAAAUGGUGAUAACGAUAGAAUCAACUUUUUGAGAGGUUUGAUUGAUUUGCUCAUUGCUCAAACUAAAGCUCAACAAAAUUAAAUCUGAGUAAAAUAAAGAGUAAUGUUUAGAUAAGAUUU